CAGCACGAGCAGGGGUCGGCCGAGGCCAUGCUGGUACUCGGGCCGCUGGUGCAGAUGCGCGACCACAGCAUCACCACCCGCGACGGCGCCAGCAUCGAAGCGCGCAGCUACCGGCCGGCGGACGCGCCAGCCGACGAACCACUGCCCGUGUACCUGUACUUUCACGGGGGCGGGUUCCUGACGGGCACGCUGGCGUCCGAGGACGCGGCGUGCGCGGCCACGGCCCUGCGCGGCCACGUCGCCGUGCUCAACGUCAACUACCGCCAUACGCCCGAGCACGCGUUCCCCACCGCCUGGUUCGACUCCCAGGACGCCUUUGAGUGGCUGCACGACAACAUGGCCGCCGUCGGCGGCGACCCGCUCCGCGUCGUCGUCGGCGGCGUGUCGGCCGGCGCGCAGCUGACGGCUGCGCUCGUGCUCGGCCAGCACCUCGGCCGCGUGGCCGCCAGCCGCCCCCGCAUCGCCGGCCAGGUCCUCGUCAUCCCGCUGCUGGUGCACCCGGACCACUACGGGCCGCAGGCGGCGCAGCUAAGUGACGUCGCGCUGUCGUCGUAUGUCGAGAACCACGACGCGCCGAUGCUGCCCGUGUCGGUGAUCCGCCUGUUUGUCGACCUGCUGCGCAUCGGCGAGAUCCAUGAUGGCGACCUGCUGGCCAACCCCGGCAACGCGACCCCCGCCGACGUCCGCGGCCUGCCGCCUACCGUGUUCGGCGUCGCCGGCCUCGACCCCCUGCGCGACGAGGGCCUGCUGUUCGCCAAGAAGCUCGCCGAGGCCGGGGUUGCGACCGACGUGACGCUGUUCCGGGGCGUGCCGCACGCGUUCCGCGGCUUCGGUGACGAGCUGUCGGCCUCCAAGCACUGGGACGAUGUCGUGGGGAAUGGCAUUGCCUGGGCGCUGAGCAAGCCCGCGCCGACGGGCGUGUUCGAGAUCAAGGAGAAGCGGUAAGCGGAGAGCGCAGGUGUCGAGUUGUUUCAUGUCCACCCUGAAAGGAGGCAAUCCUUGGUCUUGUGGUGUCCCUGCUGCUUCAACGUCGCUGUGGAAAGGAAGCUCCAAGUGAUUAAUAGAGCGUACCAGGCCUAGAACUAGAGCUAGACCCGAUUUAAUUACCACCUCGCGUAGAAAAUGCCUGCC